AUACCAUGCUCAAAAGCUUUUCUUCUCAUAUUUCUAAAGAUGGCAACUAGCAAUGGUGUCCCAAAAUCCCAAAUUGAAGCCUUCCAAACUGUGACACCCUUGAAGGUGACCGACCCACGAGAGGUUCGGCUGAUAUCGACGGCGGAGCCUAUAGGGUCAGGGAUUUUCACGGGUUGCCUUAACAUAGUUCUUUACUAUAACAAGGCUAUGGUGGAGGAUUCAGGCUGGCUUGUUGCUGGAUGGAUCAAGGAGUCACUAGGGAGGGCUCUGAGGGAGCAGCCAAUGCUCAGUGGACGUCUAAGGAGAGGUGAAGAUGGCCAUGGAGAGCUUGAGAUUGUGUCCAACGAUAGUGGGGCUAGACUUGUAGAGGCAAAGAUUAGUGUGCCUUUGCAAGAGUUUCUUGAUUUAAAGGAGAAAGAAAAAGCAGAAACUGAGCUUGUGUUUUGGAAGGAUAUCGAUGAACAAAGUCCUCAGUUCUCUCCACUGCUCUAUGUUCAGGUAACCAACUUCCAAUGUGGUGGAUACUCAAUUGGCAUCAGCUGUAGCCUUCUUUUGGCAGAUCUUCUGAUAAUGGAUAAGUUCCUGCUGAAAUGGGCAAAUUUUCAGAAAGACAUGCUUUCCAAAAAUGAUGAAGUCAAUCAGGUGCCCAUAUUUUACCUUCCUAAUCUAAAACCACCGAGUUUAGCUGGCAAUGGCAACUUCAGCCCUGCUUCAAGUGAAAGGUGUGGUCCAACUAUGAUCUUCAAGAUUACAGGUGAAACUGUGGAUUUGAAGAAUGAAGUAAGCAAGAAACUUGCAUUGCUUUGCAUCGAACAGGCAGAGAAAAAAUUUGGAAGUGAAACAAUUUCAUCUGAAUUCUGUUUUCUAAUGAACGAAUCUCUCAGGUUUACGAAGGUAGAAAAUUGCAAGAAAACAGAGCUUGUGAAGUCCCAUUUGAAGAGUGAUCAAGUGACGAUAACUUGUUCAAGCUUGAAGGAUUAUUUAGGGAUUAAUGAGAUUGCUUUCAAAGAAGGCAAUAAGCCUGCUCAUACUUCACACUGGAUUGGGUCGGUUAAUAAUGGACUUGUAAUUGCAAUUCCAUCUUCUGGUGCUUCUGAGCUCAACUUUAUAAUCACAAUCCCCAAUGAGAAGGCUAUUUAAGUGUAGUUGGGUGCCGCCAUUGUCCAUCUCACUGCUUUGAUUUGGAAAAUGUGUACUUGGAUUUCAUGUAUACAAAGGAAAUAUCAAGGAUUUGCUUAUCUAUUUUAA